UUUUCAUUUACCGGAAAAAAACUUAUAGCAGAGCUUCUUCUCCAAUCAUCGCCGGCGGUUGCGGCGGCGUAAGUAGGAGAUGAAAAAUCGUAGGAAACUCGAUGGUGUUUGCGGCGGCGACGUCUUUAUUUCGUGGAAGAGGUUCUUCUGGUUCGUCGUUCUGUUUGUCGUCUCCUUCGUUCUCUUCUCUACCAUGUUCGUCUUCAAAGGGAAGUUUCGUCCAGUGGUACGUUCGACGUUAAGCUUCUCAACGGCCAAGGCGGUUCUCGGCGAGUCUGUAACGUCUUCUCCGGCGGUUUCGAUUCGUGAGGCGGUGAAAUUACCUGAGCAGACACUGGUUUUCCUUAAAUACCCUCAGUCGCUUCGGUUAUUUACAAAAGACGAUCUCGUUUGCGUUUUCUCCACCGGAGGCGAUUCGUCGAAGCUACGAAAGGAGCAUCCGACGGCCAUCGACAGCGAAGAAUUCGGCGGUCAGAUCAUACGGUGUCCUGAAACGCCACGUGGCUACACCAUAUCGCUUGCCGUUUCGAGAUGGACGACGGAUGAUCACGUCCCUGCUGGGCCCACUCACCGGUGGGAUUGGCUGGUUUAUGACGCCGUGAUCGACCACGAUAACUCCACGGUGGUUUUUGUCAAGGGGCUGAAUCUACGGCCAGGAAGAGUUGCUGACGUGUCGAGAUACGAGUGUGUGUACGGCUGGGAUUUCGCGAAACACAAUCGGUUAAUAAGAGCAGACGUAAUCUCAGCGGCACAAGAGAUCGUACGGUGCAGAACACCAUUAGCUGUGUUAGACGGCCCAAAAUCGGUCCAUGGGCCGGUUAAAGUCUCGGUUAGAAUCAAAGGAGGGACCGGAAUGCUUCCAUCGAUCGCUCAACCGGGUCGGAUCAUUCACUCGCCGCGAAGGAAACCGUUCGAGAUGUGCGUUUGCACUAUGACGCGAAACGCAGCCGCGGUUUUAAGAGAAUGGGUGAUGUAUCACGCUGGAAUCGGUGUUCAACGGUGGUUCAUCUACGACAACAACAGCGACGACGACAUAAUCGCCGAGAUAAAGGAUCUGGAAAGCCGAGGUUACAACAUUUCAAGACAUUUCUGGCCAUGGAUUAAGACUCAAGAAGCCGGAUUUUCCAAUUGUGCGAUUCGAGCACGGAGCGAUUGCGAUUGGAUCGCGUUUAUCGACGUCGACGAGUUCUACUACAUCCCUUCCGGUCAAAGCCUAACUAGCGUCAUCAGAAAUUACACUGCUUCCGGUGAGAUCGGUGAAAUACGAACGCCGUGCCAUAGUUUCGGGCCGUCAGGUCUGAAAAAUCGACCUCGUGGUGGAGUCACGGCGGGAUACACUUGCCGUGUGGCAUUGCCGGAGAGACACAAGAGCAUACUCCGGCCAGAAGCGAUGAACGCGACGCUUAUCAACGUGAUCCACCAUUUUCACCUCAAAGAUGGAUUCACAUUUGUUGACGUGGAUAAAGAGACCAUGGUGAUUAACCACUACAAAUAUCAAGUUUGGGAGGUUUUUAAAGAGAAGUUUUACAGGAGAGUCGCGACAUACGUGGCGGAUUGGCAAAACGAAGAGAAUGUCGGGUCGAGAGAUCGAGCACCAGGUUUGGGAACCCGACCCGUUGAGCCACCUGAUUGGGCCGACAGAUUCUGCGAGGUGAGAGAUACGGGGCUUAGAGAUCAGGUGUUAGAGAAUUUCAAGAAUGUUAAAACGCAGCGUUUACUGUGGGAACGAGCAGAGGACGGACCAUAAUAGGAUAGCUCGAAAAUCCAGAAAAUGGUGAGUGAAACACCAUCCAGAGGUACCUAUCGCUUCGGAAAUGGAUCGAACGAAGCAACAAUGGCGAGUGAGAAGUACGGUGAGAACGCAAGCAUUUUCAUCAGCCCGAGAUUCAAAUCGGCGGCGGCAAUGGCGGGUUGGGACGAGGAGGACCUGAUUAUCGCUAGCUUCGUGGUAGAUGAUACCCCUGAAAGAAGUUCUUCAAAGCGAAGGAGACGAUCCAAUUUGCUCUUUAAAACAACCCCACCUUCUUCUGGUUCAAGAAGGAAGCAGCGGAUUAAGCAAAGCCCUAUUCCGUUACCUGUUGUUGAUCUUGAAGAAGUGAUCAGGACUGAAGAAGAGAAAUCUGCAGAGAAGAAGAACAAGAAGAACAGAGAGACCAAAGCAGAUACACAAGAAGAGAAGAGAGUAGAAAAGGAUGAGAAGAUAUUGUCAGAGGAGAAGAACGCAACUUCUGUUGUGCUUCCUUGCAUUGAUAAGCUUCGAGACGAAUUGUCUUGUGCAAUAUGUCUUGAGAUUUGCUUUGAGCCAAGUACUACAACUUGUGGACACAGCUUUUGCAAGAAGUGUUUGCGAUCUGCGGCGGAUAAGUGUGGAAGGAAAUGCCCUAAAUGCAGGCAACUAGUCGGAAAUGGAAGAUAUUGUACGGUCAAUACUGUUCUUUGGAACACAAUCCAGCUUUUGUUUCCUAAAGAAGUCGAAGCACAGAGAGCUGCUGCAUCUGCUAACUUGAUAGGCAAGGAAACGCUGAGUCCUAGAAACUCUAAUCAAAGGCUAAGAAGCAGAAACAGGGAUCAAGAUAGGUUGCAGAGAGAGGAUCUUUCGAGAUUACUUGUGUCUGAAGAGAGAAGCGAGAGAAGCGAGAGAAGGAGGAGAGUAGCAAGUAUGAGGUUGGAUCAAGAUAGGGAUGCUGCAUUUGCGUUGAGGUUACAGCGGCAGGAAUUUGCGUCUGCGUUUGGCGUUACGGAGGCAGCGGGGCCAAUUUCUUCUUCAUCUGCUUCUAAUCUUUCACUGGCCAGAGCUAAUCUGCGAGCUAUGGCGUCAAGGGCUGUUCGCAGGCAAGGAUGAUAAUCAUCAUCAUAUGAAUGAUAAAACUUUUAUGUCUUGUUUAUAGAAUCGAAACAUCUCAACAAUUUGAUAUCAUUCAU